GCGCCGGCAGCUGGCUCCUGCUCCCCGCCGCGGCGGCGCUGGCGCUGUGACGUGACGCGUCCGGCGCGUGGGUGGCGGCGGGCCCCGGAUCCCGCGAAGGCCCGGAAUGGAGUCCCCGGGGACGGGCCCCGGUCCCGUGGCGCUGGCGGCCGGUGUGGCGGCGCUGGUGCGCGCCCUGGCCCUGGCCCGGGUGUCCACGUUCGUGGCUGACGGCGGCCACCAGCUGCCGGGAGCGAUCGCGGCGGGCGGGGACGCGGCCGUGAUCCGGCUCGGGCCCGUGGCGGCGGCCGAAGCGCCGGAGGAGAAGACGGAGGAGGGAGCCGGGGCGGCGGCGGAGCCGGGGGGCGGCGGGGGCGCCCCCGGCCCGGAGCGGCCGCCGGACACCCCGAGCUCCCCCGACCCGGCCCCGGCCUCAUCACCGUGCGGCUCAAGUUCCUCGGCGGCACGAGCACGUGGCCGUGGUGCGGCCCCAGGACGCCGCGGGGGGGUCAAGAGGAACGGCCGGGGGGCGCUGCCCCUCCCUGCCCGGGAGCAGCAGGGCGCGCUCAUCCUGCCCAGGAGCGAGGCGCUGAGCUCAGGGUGGCGGCCCCUCUCCCGCCCCAGGAUGGGCGCUUCCCCAGCCCCGCGGCGCCCGUGUGCGCCCCGAGCGCUCGGUUCUUCCCGGGCCAGGAGGGCCGGGUGCGGCUCAUCCGCCGCACUGCGUCAUCCGCUGCCGCCCGGCCCCGCCCCCCUCCCCGCGGGCGCCCGGUGCUGCCCGCCGCGGCGCUGUUGCCGCAUCGACUACCGGCAGCUCUUCAGCGCCCCGGCCACCGCCUCCCCGACCGGCGUCACCGCCCGGUGCAGCUCCCCGGCCUUCGGGCUGUACAGGCACUCGGGACUCGGGCAGGAGGUGCCGCAGCCGCGCCCUCGCCACUGCCGCGUGACCGUGACCGGAGCCGUGACCGGAGCCGGGUGGCGGGAGCUCGGUGCGUCCUCCCCCUCUCUGAGCCGGACUUUGGCCCCAGAAGGGGCUGUGCCCCCCCGCACUGUCCUCCCCCGCUCGGGGAGCAGCUGCAGCUCCUGCCCCGCAAAUAAAAGGUUCAGCGCCAGCUCCGGCCCCUUCCCACGCGAGGGGCACCUGCUGCCCUCCGCCCCCGCAACUCGGGACAGUUCCUCCGGGAAACAGCCCCACGGGGGCGCGAAGCACCGGGCGGCCUCGCUUAACCGGAGCCCCGCAGCCAAACGGGCGCCGUGCAGCCGCGAGCCCCCGGUACCAAGUCAAGAUGCAGUUUUAUUUACAGGGGCAGCCACAACCCACGAACGGGACACACAGACCUCACAACGGCUCAGCUGCCCGUACGGGAUGGAGAACGUGCCAAAAACACAAGUCCCAGCCUGGGGGGGCCUCGGGUGGCCACUGGGUCUGCCGGGGGGAGGAUACGGACCUGGGCGGGGGUACGGGACACCUCCAAACCCCCAUUACAGCCCUUGGACCCCAAAUUGCGGCACUUCUGCAGCUGGAGAGGCUCAGGCUGCGUCUCCCUGCCAGCCCGGUCGCUGUGCCCUCCCCAGGCAGCAGAGGGGGGGCCCAGGGUGGUCCCCCAUGUCUCUGGGUGCCUGGACCCCUGUCCCCGGAGCACGCAAAGGCCAGCUUGGCAUGUUCCGGGGGCCGGCCCCCCCCGCCCCAAAGCUGUGCCAGAAGCCACUGCCGAGCGCAGUGGGGAGGGAGGGAGGGGGGGUCACCUCACAGCUGGGCCCCCCCGACAGUUUGGGGUGCCCAGGGCACUGUGGGGACACCCCCACGUCCCACCACAGCACUCGCCUUUAGCAGCAGAUUUAGAACAAUAGUGAAUCCAGAGUCGAGAGCACCAAAAUUCGCGAGACCCCCGGAAAGGACCGGCCAUGCCACCGCGGCACAGGGGGAAGAGCAGCCCCCCCAACAUACAGCUGAACUUGGGGUGUCAGACAGCGGGGGAUACAACGGGGGGGACCAGGCUGGAGACUGGAGCCCACGGGGGUACAAACACCAACCAGAGCUGCCAGGGGUCCCCAGGCAUGUGGGGACAGGGACACAGCCCUGCCCCAGGGCCACCAGCCUAGGGAUGGGGGGCUCUGUACCCCCAGUUUGCUCUGUGGGGGUACAGCGCAUUUCCCAGCAGGUCGGGGCGGCCCAGCUGGAGCAGGGGAUGGGGCGGCAGCUCUGUCCUCCCCUGGUAUUCCCCCCAGACACGAAGGAUUCAGCAUGCAGGACCCCCCCAGGGACAGGGAUGGGCCCCGAACACUCCCCAGCAACAGAUUUGGGGUGUUUGGGGGUCCCCGCUUGUCUCCUCUGAGCAGGAGCCCCCAGAUGCUCCCCCGGUCCUGAGCCAGCCCCAAGCAGUGAGCGCUGGCCUGGGCACAGGGCCGGGGAAGCAGCCCCAAAACGCAGGGCAGGAGGGAUCUGCACCCCCCAGCGCCCAUGUGGGACCUGCCUGGGGGUCCAGGUGCCCCCCACGCCACUGGAGGCCAGCAGAGUGAGUGUGGGAGGGGGCGCAGCCAGUUUUUGGGUGGAUGGUGGGAAGGGAAAGGGGGAGGGGGUUGUGCCCCCACCUCUGAGCAAGACACCC